CCAUUCCCAGUAACCCCCCUCCAUUCCCAGUAACCCUCCUCCAUUCCCAGUAACCCCUCCAUUCCCAGUACCCCCCCCUUUACCUUCUCUCCCCCCCCAGUCACCAUGAUCGAAGUCGUUUGCAACGAUCGCUUGGGGAAAAAGGUGCGGGUGAAAUGCAACACCGAGGAUUCCAUCCGUGACCUGAAGAAACUGAUCGCGGCGCAGACCGGGACCCGCUGGGACAAGAUCGUGCUCAAGAAGUGGUGGGUGUGAGCUGCAAGGACCUGCCCGGCAACGGCUGGGAAGGAAAGGGUCCUUGCAGGGCAAUAAGGGAGCGGCUGGGGUGGGAGGGGCCUUGCAGGUCAACAGAGGAGCGGUAGGGGUGGGAGGGUCCUUGCAGGUCAACGAGGGAAUGGUCAGGCUGGACAGGUCCUUGCAGGUUCAUAGGGGGUGGUUGCGCUGGGAGUGUCCUUACAGGUCAGUAGGGGAGUGGUGGGGGGGAGAGGGUCCUUGCGGGUCAAUAGAGGAGUGGUAGGGAUGGGAGGGUCCUUGCAGGUCACUAGGGG